AUGGUAUCCGUGUUGUUGGUGAUCAUUUUGCUCAGUCAGAAACGCGAGACUAAAAAGGAUGAUUCCAAGGGUAUAUGGCAUCAAUCAGUCGAAUUUUCAUUCACGACUUUAAAGACAUUGUUUAAACCUAUGCAUUUGAUCAUAUUUCCAUUGGGAUAUUGGACAGAAUCGGCACAAAUGUUCUUCAUGAGAUCGUUUACCAAUAGUUUCAUCACCUGUUCAAUUGGAAUUCAAUAUGUUGGAUUAAUUAUGACAAUGUAUGGUGUGACUGUCACCCUAUCUUCCAUAGUUAUCGUGUUUUUAGUCAAACGAAAAUACAGUCGUCCGAUGUGUUUCAUACUCGCAGCAUUGUUGAGUUACUCAGUAUUUAUUGCCAUGUUGAUAUGGAAACCAACAUCCUCACAGACGUAUGUGUUAUUCAUUCUUCCAUGUUUAUCCAGUAUUUCAACUGGUAUUACGGAGCCUUUUAUCACAGCUAUGUAUAAUUCAGUAUUUCCUGGCAAGAAAGAUACAGCUUUCUCAUUGCUGACGUUUGCGCAAACUGCGAGCUGCCUGAUUCUUUUAUUCUAUGUUAUCUUACAUCAUCAUUUCAAUUAA